CCAACCGCCCUAUAAAGCCGUGGCCCGCGAGUGUCAACCUCUGUCCUCCCGGCACCGCACACCGCAACCUCCAAGUUCCAACCACAACUCGCCGCGCACACACAAAGCCGAGAGCGCGCUCUCGCUCGCCGGCGGCGACAGAGGACAGGCAUGGCCGUGUACAUCCGCCUCGACGACGCCGUGCGCGCGCGCCUCCGCGGGGACGGGGGCGGCGGCACCAGCAGCGGCAGCGACCACGACGCCUCCGCCUGCCUCUCCGACCUCGUCCAGGCCUUCCUCGAGACGGACGCCGCCGGCGGCAACGGCGACGACGCGGCCGGGCCGGCCCCGAAAGGGCGUGACGGGUACGACUCCGACGACGCGGACGGCGCCGCGGAGGCGGCCGCGGCGUCCGUGCGGGAGCGGCUCGACCCGCCGGCCGCGGAGGACCCCUUCCGGAUCAGGCUGGCGGCCGCCGUGUCCGCGGCGCUGGACGCGGAGGCGCCGCUGCGGGGCCACGGCGCGGCGUUCCGGCGCGCGGUGAUGCGGCGGCUGCGUGCCGCCGGGUACGACGCCGGCGUGUGCAGGUCGCGCUGGGAGACGUGCGGCAACCUGACGGCCGGGACAUACGAGUACAUCGACGUGGUCGUGCCGGCCGCGGGGAAGGCGGCGAGGUACAUUGUGGACGCGGACUUCCGGGCCGGGCUGGAGGUCGCGCGCGCGACGGCAGAGUACGCGGUGGUCGUGGCCGCGGUGCCGGCCAAGGCGGUGGUCGCGCGGGAGGAGGCCGUGGGGCGCGCCGUGCGCGUGGCCGCCGACGCCGCGCGCCGGUCGCUCCGGGCGCACGGCCUCCACGUGCCGCCGUGGCGCAAGAGCCGCUACAUGCUCGCCAAGUGGCUCGGGCCCUACAAGCGGUCGCCGGCGUCCGGGGCAAUGCCGACGCCCGGUGCCACCGGGAUGGACGUCAUCAAGUGCCGUGCCGUCGGGUUCUUCCCGUCCCAGACGGCCGCUCCGGCGGCGAGGAUCAAGUAGCUGCUGGAAGAUCGAUGUCAUAGAUGUAGAGAGAUGAUCGAUCAGUUCGAGCGUGCCUCGAAUUCGUUUUUGUACAAACAUUUUUGGUCUAGAUUAUUAUGAAAAAGAGCAAAUUGUUGGUCCA